AUGGAAGAAUUAGCACCAUUAGUUAAGAUACGGCCUAUUUACGAUGGAGUGGGUUUAGCAGUUACUGAUAAGCUUAUCUUUAGUUCUUUUGAUUGUGAAAUGAUUAUUACUGAUAAGAAAAAUCAAAUAAUCAUUGAAGAAGUACUUUUAUCUAGUGCAAUUGAAGGUUUAGUUGUUGUGCCAGCCCGUAAUACAGUAGUGAUAGCUACAACCGGUGGAAUACUUUAUCAAUAUUUCUUAUCUGAAAAAAGAUUAGAAUAUUUGUUAAAAGGUUCUUGGGUGGUUAAACAAAUAAUUUUGAUUGAAGAUAAGAUAGUUUUAGGUACAGCAGAUGGUUUAGUUAUUUUGAUUGAUUUAGAGUCUAAAGGUAUUUUACUUAAGAGAGCAGUUGAUAGUUCUGUUUCAGCUUUAAGUCCUUUUACUUGGAGUAGUAAGAAGAGAACUUAUGGAUCAAGUCGGUUGAGUUUAGCUGUUGGUACUAUCUUAGGUAAUUUAACAAUUUUUGAUAUGCAAACUGGUCAGACUCAAUACGAAGUAAGUAGUGCUCAUAGUAUGAGUAUUACUUGGAUCGAUGGGUUUAAAGAUCUUAUCUUUACAAGUAGUUCUGAUGGUACUUUGAUAAGACAUAAGAUAGGAGAAGUACCUAAAGUACGUGAAUUAGGCUAUAAUAUACGUGAUGCUUUACUGAUUAAUGAAGAGAUAGUAGUAGUAGGAGAUGGAAGUACUUUAGAGUACUUAGAUCUAGAUUUAGAGGGAAGGAGAAGAGUAGAGGUUGAAGGAGUAGGAGGAGUAGUGGUUGGUCUGGGGUUAGUCUUGGGUGGUGAAGGAGAAGAGUUAGUUCUACGUACGGAAGAGAAUGAUAUUGUUGUUGGAGUUAGUUUAGUAGUGAAUGGAGUUAGUUUAGUAUUGGGUGGUGAUAAGAUUGAGUUGAGUAGAGAUAAGAAUGGAGUGAGUGAUAAGAUUGAGGUGAGUGAUAAGAUUGGAGUAGGUAAGUUUAAGGUGGAGUUGAGUUUGGUGGGGGAUAAUGAUGAAAUAACGGAUAUUUUGGUUUUGGAUGAGUUGGUUGUUUUGGCUACUAAUAGUUGUUGGUUAAGAGUUUUAUCUAAGCAAAAUUAUUUAGAUAUGACGAAAAGUUUUGAUUUUACUGAUGGUAUCUCUAAAAAAAUUAUAAUGAGUUGUGCGGCUGAAUUUAUACGUACACCUAAUAAGGAGUGUUCUUUGUGCUUAUUUUCUUAUGGUGAUUUUGUUUUUGCUGGUAGUAAAGAUGGUUAUAUUAAUGUAUUUACUGGUGGUAAGAGUAACAAACUUGUUUGGCAAUCUAAUCUUACUCAAAAUUUAACUAGUUCAAAAGCAGUAACGGCUUUAUCUAUGCAUAAAGAUGUUUUACUAGCUGGAUUUGAAGAUGGACUAGUUAAAGGUUGGCAGUUAGUUAGUAGUACUGGUUCUACUCCAUCUCAGUUUAUUCAUUUGUUUUCUAGUGCCCCUGCUCUAUCUGAGAUAACAGGUUUAGUUGUUUUACAUAAGUCUAUCUUAGUUAGUUCAAAACAAAAAGAUCUUUGUUGCUUAUCUUUAACUGGUGCUAUUAAACCUAGCUUAUCAGGACAUAAAAAAGGUCUUUGGUCUUUAGAUAGUAAUAAUGAUAUCUUACUUAGUGCUUCGGCUGAUAAGACUGUUCGUUUAUGGAAAGAUAGUAGUUGCACUAAAAUCUACCAACAUAAUACUUCAGUUAUCAAAGCUAUCUUAACUAGUCGAGUUAUUACAGCUACUGCUGAUGGAGUAGUAAGAGUCUGGGAUAGUAGUAAAGAGAAGGAGUUAGCAGCCUUACGGAUUGCUGAGUCAAAACACGAUCGGAUUUGGAGUAUUAAAGAGAUGGAGGGAGAUAAGUACUUGGCUAGUGCUGGGGGUACACUUUAUCUCAUUCAGGAUAAUACUUUAGCUAUGGAAAAGAUGAAAGAACAAAAACAAAGAGAGGCUUAUCUUAUCAAAGAACAAGCUAAAAGUUUAAUGCAAAAACAUUUUUAUUUAGAAGCUGCUAUCAAAUAUUUUGAAAUUGAUGAUAAAAAAGGGUUAAAAUCAGCAAUCAAAAAUAUUGAUAAAAAAACAGAUUUAUCUCCUCUUAUCUCUGCUAUGGCUACUAAUCAAAAACAAGCUUUAAACUAUCUUAUGCAAUGGGCACGUACUCCGCAACUCUACUCGACUGCCAGCCGCCUCCUACAAGUCAUUCUUAUCCAGCGCUGGUCUAUUCUACCCCAGCAAGCCCAAGAACUAGCUGUUAUCUUAGCCAGAACAGCCGAGAUAAUCAAUGAGGCCUAUUAA